GCCGGUGCAGGCUACGAGUUCGGCUGGCUCUCUCCGAGUUUCAGUAAUCAAAUCCUAAAACCCUCCCUGCAUUUGGUUUCUCCAUUCUGAGAUUUUAACCUUGAAAGUUAUUCAAACAUGGGGAAAGCAAGCUCACGGCCAGAUCCUUCGUCUAAAGCCGAUAAAAAAUUCGAAAAGAAACUCCAGUUUUAUUCCAAGGUUAGAGAUACCGUUGCCUCGUUGACGGCCAAGAAGGACAUAACAAAGAAGAAGAAACUUCGAAGCAGACAGAGGAAAUUGAAAGCAUAUGAUCUCUCUGCCCUGUCAGAGGUUCUUCCUGAGUUGAAAGCUCCCAAAGAACCAACUCCUGCUGCUGAGUUCAGGCUCAAUUGCAAAUCUAGGAAAGAAUUAAUAUUGAGGGAGGGAAAACAAUUGAGUGCAGUUCUUAAGCAUCCUGCUUUCCAAGCUGAUCCACUGGCUGCCAUUUAUCAACACUUACAGAGCACACAGCCUGUUUUAGAUGAGAAACCAAAGAAAAAGGCAAACAAAAAUGGAGGAAAGAAAAAAAAGAGUAAAAAAUCAAAGGCUUUGUCAGGGUCUCAAUCCAUGGAUUUCUAGAUUUGUUGGCGUUCCUUCAACAGCUUCUAAUAUGUUUGCAAUUAAAUUUCUCAAAUUUUGCCCUUGCAUUUUAACCUCAUUGAAAAUUGUUAACCACUUCCCUUUUCCUGAGGUGUAAUGUAUUUCACUGAUCUCUUUUUUGACAAAGUGUUUACACCUUUGUGACACUAUUCGAUAGAAUACUAAAGGUAAAUAGGAGAAAUUUUGGUGAACUA